AGCCACUAAAGGUCGUUUUACUUUUUCUUUCGGUUUAUAUUUGACGCUUAUUCACAGAAAAGUCUACUCACGCAGUCUCUAUGUUAGCUGUUGUAAAUAAAUCAGUGUUAGUUGAAGUGAAAACACGGUCUGUGUGUUGUGAAUGAGUUUUUGUAAAUAAAGUUUGAUGGUUUUAAAUCAGUCAGCUGCUUCGCUCGGCAGCACCACAACAAACAUGGCGUCCGGAGGCGGCUAACGGAGAAAAAGCUCUGGAAACCCUCAUGAGGAAUUAUUAAUUACUUCUUUCAACUCCAUAAAUCAUCAUAUCAACUCUCCCUCACCUCAACAUGGACUCGGCUCCGUUCCCAGAGGAGGUUUCAGAGAGGAGAGUGUGUGUCGUCGGGUCGGAGCUGGUGGAAAACUACACAGUCUACAUCAUUGAUGUAACAGAUGGGGAGCACAGGUGGACAGUCAAGCAUCGCUACAGUGACUUCCACGACCUUCACGAGAAACUCACAGCAGAGAAGAAGGUGGACCGGCGGUUGCUUCCUCCAAAGAAGAUGAUCGGCAAGAACUCAAAGAGUCUGGUGGAGCGGAGGCAGAAGGAGUUGGAGCUCUACCUCCAGACACUGCUCCAACAGUUCCCACAGGCCACGCCUACUCCGCUUGCCUUCUUCCUGCACUUUCACCUCUAUGAGAUCAACGGCAUCACAGCAGCACUGGCUGAGGAGUUAUUCCAUAAAGGUGAGCAGCUGCUGCAGGCUGGUGAGGUGUUCUCCCUCCAUCCUCUGCAGCUCUACUCCGUCACCCAGCAGCUCCGUCUGGCUAAACCAACCUGCUUUAACGGAGACGCCAAAACAGACCUGGGACACAUCCUGGACUUCACCUGCAGGCUGAGAUACCUCAAGGUGUCUGGAACAAGAGGUCCAGUUGGGACCAGCAACAUUGAGGAGAGCAGUCUACCCUUUGACCUGUCUGUUUUCAAGGCUCUGCUGCAGAUAGAGAUCAGUGAUUGCAGCUCUCUGCAGAUUCGAGGUCUGUCGUCUCUGAGGUUGAGUCUGGCGACUCUGAGUAUCCACCGCUCGUCAGAAACCAUGAUGGCGAUCCUGGUUCCUGAGGCGAGCGAGUUCUCGCAGUGGGAGGCUGAGGGGUCGGAGUCUGGCUGUCCUGUCACGGCUGUCAUCCCCGUGUGGAAAAACUUGACCACGCUGGACAUGAGUCACAACUGCAUCAGCAGCAUCGACAGCUCAGUGAAACUGAUUCCUAAGGUGGAGUUUCUGGACCUGAGCUACAACCAGCUGUCCACUGUGGAAAACCUGCAGCACUUGUACAAUCUGGUCCACGUGGAUCUGUCCUACAACAACCUGCGGGUCCUUGAAGCUGCUCACACACGUCUGGGAAACAUCAAAACCCUCAACCUGGCCGGAAACCAGCUGGACCAGCUGACCGGCCUCACCAAGCUCUACUCUCUGGUCAACCUGGACCUCAGUCACAACCAGCUGGCCCAGUUGGAGGAGAUUAGGAACAUCGGCUCGUUGCCCUGUUUGGAGAAACUCAACCUGUCCAGUAACCCCAUGUGCAUCAUCCCAGACUACAGAACCAAAGUCCUGGCCCAGUUUGGAGACCGCGCAUCAGAGGUUUGUCUGGACAGUAAGGUGACGACGGAGAAAGAGUUGGACACGGUGGAAGUGUUGAAAGCCAUUCAGAAAGCCAAAGAAGUCAAAGACAGGAAGAGCAGCGGAGACAAGAAGAUCAGUGAGGAGACCAGGCUGUCUGCACCUGCACCUCCUCACCUCUCCUCUUCCUCAUCUCCUCCCACCUCCUCCUCCUCCUCCCGCUGCUCUUCUGCUGUUGCUCCUCCUGCUGUUACCUCCUCUUCUUCUACUUCUUCCUCCUCUUCUUCCUCUACCUGCCCGGCCCAGCAGGCUGCCUGCCCCAGCCAAGAAAUGACGAGCAGAGAAGAAGCCCCCGCCCCCCCCAGUGUCCUCCCUCCUGUGGACGCUGCAGCGCCCCCUGCAAGCUUUAACACAAACACACACCUCCUGUCUGUUGACCCCGUGCAGGUACAACAACCUGCUGUUAGUCUGUCUGAACCCACACACUGUGACACUCCUACAAAUAUUGACACUAAUGCUGCGACUUCUUCUGUUUCUGUCUGCUCUGCCUGCUCCUCCUCCUCCUCUUCCUCCAGACCAGUGGAAACAACCUGCUCCAUCUGCAGUUCAGCCUCAUAUCCUCUUCUUCCUACUCACCUGCUCUCCCUCUCCUCCUCCAACAAAGACUUCACUACCCAGCUCUCCCUUCUGCUCAGCUCCAACCUGAAGGAGAGGAGGAUACAGAAGAAGGAGGAGGAAGAGAAAGAGGAAGAGACGAAGGAGGAGAGGGAGAGGGAGAGGGAAGAGAAGAGGCCUGAAAACACCAGAGAGGUUCAGUCCCAUGUUGAAGUCACUGAGGUGGAAAUUCCCAGUCCAGGCUCCAGGGACGGAUACUUUGAGAUGGGUCUGGAUGACUCUGUUGAAGAGUCCGUCUGCUCUUCCUCCACAUCGCUCACUGCUCCUCCUGCAGAGGAGCAGGUCAGCCACCAGGAGGGGCUGUGUGAAGAGGAGGAGGAAGUGGAGGAGAAGGAGGAGGAGGUGGUGAAGGUCAGCAGGGUUCUGUGGUGCUACUGUGUUCAGGUGAAGGAGGAGGUGGAGCAGAGGAGGGCCUGUCUGGUGCUGACGGAGCGGGAGUUGGGACUCCUGUGCCUCAAAGAUGAUUUCACCUGGACCAAUCCAGACGCAGACCAGGAUCCAGCUGCCUCCGUCAAAGAGGUUCUGUCCAGCCUGCAGGUGGAGCUCCUGCUGCCACACUCCCAGCUCCUGCUCUCCCUCCGAGCAGAGCUCCCUGAUUCCUGCCUCGCAUUCGGCUGCCAAGACGAACCGACCCAGUGGUUCAUCUUCUCUGAGUACGAGGAGCUCCAGCAGACCAGAGACGAGCUGACGAGACUGAUCCAGGCAGCAGACCCUCAGACUGACCUGAGGCCCUCACACACUCCUCAGCUCCUCCCCCGCUCACUCAUCAACUCCUGGGAGCUAGAGGAGAGUCAGGGAGCCAAAGGAGGCUAUCCUGCCCACCUCCUCCUCCUCCUCCACUCCUCCGCCAAAGACACCCAUCAUAUCCUGUCUGACAUUCUACCCAAGAACGAGGAGUCCAGCCUCCCCGUUCUCCUCUUUCUCACCCACCGACACAUCUGGGUGCUGAAGGUGGACUUCAGAGAGCUGGAAGAAAGAAAGCAGAAGAAUGCUAACCUUCACCAACCUUCCUCCUCCUCCUCUUCCAACUACUCCUCCCGGUGCAGGCUGAUCCGUGUCCCGCUGGGGUCCGUGGUUCUUCACCCCAGAGAGAGAACCUCCCAGGUCGGGGACAGAGCCAGCGACUCCACCUGCACGGACCGGAAACACCAGCACAGGUGUAAACACGGUGUGGAGCUGCUGCUGGGCGAUCAGAAGCUGCUGCUGCUCUUCCCUCUGGCCCACGACAGGAGCUCCUUCCUGGGGGAGCUGAGCCAGCGGAGAGCCUCUCUAGAGGGGCUGAAGGUGGUCGCUCUGCACCGGCCCUGCACGUCCUGCCCACACCAAGGACAACACCCACCAGGCUGCUGCAGAUCCAGAGAUCAGUGCUGCUGUAAAAGUAGGAAAUCAAACAGCACCAACAGCUGGGACUCCUCACACCCACAGCUGGAGGAUAACCAACCUUCCUCCCACCUCCUGCCAGGUCUCUCCCCUGGACUGAAGCUCCUGUCUGAGCUCCAAGGGCAGGACCUUAUGGCCUACUUCAACAAAUACAUAGCGAUGUCAGAAGCGGAGGAGGUGCGACAGGUCUUGUGGCUGUCUGUGGUUCUCUACAAGUCUCCAGAGUCUGAACUCACCUGCUGUCUGCUGCUCUCCACUGACACAAUCUACUUCCUCUUAGAAGACUCUGCCUCCACGCUUGGGCAUCACUCAGUGCUGGACACGAUGGACUCUAGAGAUCCUGACGUCACUCUGUGCUGCUGUCUGUCCAUCAGACUGUCUGAUCUGCUCUCUGUUAACGUGGGACUGUUCGAUCAGUACUUCAGGGUCGUAGGUCGCUCAGCCGAUCACAUUGUGUGCUGUCUCAGCAGGGACAGUUACGGGACGGGCGUCUUCCUCCAGGAGCUGAUGUCGGCUCUCAGCCUGCAGCAGCAGCUUCCUCCUCCUGAGCCGUCAGAUCAGGACUUCUACUCGCAGUUCACCAACACAAACACAGGUAAGAUGCAGAACUACGAGCUGGUCCACAGCAGCAGGGUGAAGUUCAUUUAUCCCAGCGAGGAGGAGAUGGGAGAUCUGACCUUCAUCGUGGCAGAGAGGAAGACUGCAGCUAGCGCAGCAUCCUCUAACUCACGCUCCUUUAAUGUCCUGCUGUACCUGCUGGUCUUUCAGGUCCAGAUCCCCAGCAGUCUCCCCAGCCAAAGCUCCUCUCUGUCAGGUCAGAUCCCUCCAUCUCCUGUCCUCCAGCCCAGGACUCUGAUCCUCACCAGCACUGACGUGUUCCUGCUGGAUGAAGACUACGUCAGCUAUCCUCUGCCUGACUUCGCCAAAGAGCCUCCAUCGAGGGAGCGGUACCAGCUGCGUGAAGCCCGGAGGAUCCGCGACCUCGACCGGGUCCUGCUCGGAUACCAGACCUACCCUCAGGCUCUGACUCUGGUGUUCGAUGAUCUCCCGGGCCCGGACCUGCUCUGCCACCUCACCAUGGACCACUUCGCAGCCGGAGCAGAGGAGACUCCACCAAGAGGGGGAGCAGCCAGCGGAGGAGCAGAGGGCGAGGUCCAGUGGUGUGUGUUUGUCCCGGGAGCCGACAGCAGAGAGCGGCUGAUCUCACUCCUGGCUCGCCAGUGGGAGGUGCUGUGCAGCCGGGAGCUUCCUGUGGAGCUCACAGGCUGAUUGGUAGUCGGGGAAGACAACUAAGUGGCGUCUCUUGAGCAUCUCGUAGGCCAGUGGAGGAUGGAGUCGGUGUAUGGCAAGGAUAAUUUAUAACUUUUAGGACUUUUAAAGCUUCAGAGGCCUCGUGUGCUUCAAACUGAGCAGCUUGUUCAAAGUUGUCUGACCACGUCUGAAGAUGAAGCAGUUUGUAGAUCCUCAAAGUGUGAUGAAUUAAUGAAGCAGGGAUAACAGAGCACACUUUUAGUCUUUUAAUGAAGGCAUGCAGGUACGAGACGUCAUGUUUAAGACAGAGGAUUAAAUCCCUGAUUCUGAUGUGGCGUCAAGUAAACAGGAUUUACAUUCUGUCUGUGAGCAGGCUUAAUGGAGAGUUGUAACAGCAGUGAAGAAAGUUUAAACUUCUCACCUCUGGCUCAGUGUUUUAAUUGUUGUAUUUAAUUGAAGUCUUCAAUAACAGAGGAACUGAUUAAGAAGCCCCGUUCAAAGAAUCUGGUACAGAUUUGUCGUUACAGCUUCCAUCGGCCAUGCACCUGAUUAUACAAAACUUGAAUCCUUAAUAUUUUCAAAACGUAUGAUUUAUAGAAAGAUUCAACCCUGUGUAAAGUAUGAGGAUAAAGAAAUUAGCUAUCCUCUUUGAACCAGGCUGUAAACAUGUUUAUUUCUGCUGUAAGGCCUUUUAGAAUGGGUGUGUAUGUGGCUUCUGGAGCUUUUGCCACCAGCCCCAAGUGGACACUCUGGGAACUGCAGCUUUUAGCACUUCUGCAUCAGCUUUAUUUAUAAGACCAGAUGUUUCCACAAGUAGAUGCUGUCAGACAAUCCAACAAGCACUUAGUUUGAAGCAUUCUGGGGCCUGUAGUCUUACCUUUAAGGAAAUUUGAAGGGAUAUGACACUACCUAAAGACGCUUAAGUGUCCACUUCAGAAACAUAUGACGGACAGAAGGAGGAGGAGCCUGUGACCUCAUGUCGAGCAGACACAGCAGGAGCUUCUGGCAAAACCUCAAGUGUCUCAAUGGAGAAGAUCUUCCUAUUACUUAUUGACAGACAGACAGACAGACACACAGACACACAGACACACACACACAGACAGACAGACAGACAGACAGACAGACAGACAGACAGACAGACAGACAGGUGUUGCACAGCAGGGGGCGCUGCAGACAGUCCACAGGAGCUCUAUUAGAUUUUAAUUGAUGUUACCUUAGAUCCUCUUGUCUUCUUACCUCUGCAGAGUCAAAUCAGAGGAGAGGAUUCAGGUGUCAGUUAUGUUAGCCUAGCUUAGCACAAAGACUAAUUCAGGGGAAACUACUAGCCUAGCUUCAUACAGAAACUCACUCUCAUGAACUCCAUAGCCGUUUGAGUCACUCGUCGUUAUUUAUGUGAAGUCGCUCGUCAAACCAAAAAAUCACUUUUAUAUAUUUUCUUUUUCUACAUUUGUGCCGUCUGACUCUGAGCGAGGCGACAAGAGGACGAUCCUGAAUGAUGGACUGUUGUUUUAAAUAACACACACACACACACACACACACACACACACACACACACACACACACACACACACACGAACACGAACACGAACAUGAACAAACUGCUGCUCGGCACAAUCUGCUCUCUGAACAUUUUAUUCCUUGCACAUUAUGAUUGAUGGGGCAGUAUUAUUGAACUGUAUAUUGUUAUAAAUAUGAUAUUAAUAUAAUUUGUUGCUUCGGGGAACGACGGAUGUUUUCUAUCAUGACACAGACUUUGUACUAAACAUGAAGAUCCUGUUAAUAUUUCCAAAAUGAACUCUUAAAUGGCAUAUUUAGUAUUAUCAUUGAGUAUUAUUUUUUAUAUUUUCUUUGAUUUAUUUUAUUAUACGUUAUGUUUUUUUGUACAGUAAUAUUGACAAAUGGGAACCCAGCUGAUGUUGGACCCUCCUGCUCUUCACAAGUGUUGUUUACAUUACAUGUUGUCUUGUUAAAGGGGAAUGCCACUUAAUUAAAGUGAAAAUGAAACAUCA